AUGCACAGCUUACAACAUAAUAGACUCAAUGACUUUUUUGAAACUAAUUACUCUAAAGAGUUAGAGCACAAUCAACAACAGAAAAUUAAUAAGCUUAGGGAAACAGUAGAGGUUUUAGAAAUGGAUUUAUUAUAUAUUCUCUCCAAAGAUGCCAGGUCUAAUUUUAUUAACGGUACAAUUUCAAAGAAAAAUAUUCAAAUCAAUAAGAAAGAAUAUUAUACCAAACUAAACAAUGUACAAAAAGGUAUUCUUAAUCAAGCGAAAUCAAGUACAAAAUUAUCUAAUCGGACUGUUAACAACCGUUUGUCACGAACUAACGAGAGUUCUUUUGAAGGGAAAGAAAAUUGUCAAAUGGAGGAACCUUUAUAUGACACAGUGAUGCGUUAUCCACAAUUCAAGGAAGUUUUAAAUGGCUAUCAAAAAUUUGAUAUAAAACGAUAUAACAUAGUAAGUGCUAAAAAGAACAACGAGACACUCCUGACCUUGUCUGGGAAUAGCUUUGAUGGAAAUGUGAAGGAAAUAUUUGACCAAGGUACACAAUAUAGCUCUGGUAAUCAAAGUGAAUCUAAGAACGUCGUAUCUAAAAAUUUAUUUCAGACUAAACUUGAAGAAAGUUCUAUUGUAUUGUUUAAUACCGUUGGGAAAGAGUUUGAUAAAACUAUUAGACCUCAACAAUAUAUAACUCCUGGUGAUAUUACUUGUAGCAAGAAAUAUCACAGAGUGAGAUUUUGGCUAAAUGAUUACCAAGCAAAACCUUCAAGAAUAAAAUUGCUGAGUCAUUCUGAAAGAACAUAA